ACUCAGUCCUGCCCCCUAAAGUGGAGAUGAGCCAGACCCGAGGAAAGGAGAGCAUCUCUUAAGACUCCCGAGCCAGGAUGGCGCACCUGCGGCAGCCCCUGCCUCUCCUGGUGGUGAUGCACAGCUUCCUCCCGCUUAUCUUUUGUGAUGCCAAGCAGAUCAUCCAUGCCACAGACUUACUAAACUGGGAAGACAAAGAUCCUGCAGACACACUAGUUGAUAAUGUAGUCAAUUCGAGGAUCAUCAACCCUUUACGCCUCUUUGUUAAGCCAUCCCCAGCACUGAAACAUGGACAGAUGCCAUAUUCAGACAGCAUAGACAACUUUUGGGAUUGGUUAUCCAACAUCACUGAGGUUCAAGAAUCUCUUGCGCGAACUAAACGCAGACCAAUUGUAAAAACUGGGAAAUUCAAGAAAAUGUUUGGGUGGGGUGACUUCCAUUCUAACAUCAAAACUGUGAAGCUGAAUCUUCUCAUAACAGGGAAAAUUGUUGACCAUGGCAAUGGGACCUUCAGUGUUUAUUUCCGGCACAAUUCCACAGGCCUUGGAAAUGUUUCUGUGAGCUUGGUGCCACCUUCCAAGGUGGUGGAGUUUGAAUCCUCACCGCAGUCAACGCUAGAGACCAAGGAGUCCAAGUCUUUCAACUGUCGAAUUGAAUACGAGAAAACGGAUAGGGCUAAGAAAACUGCAUUGUGUAAUUUUGACCCUUCGAAGAUCUGCUACCAAGAGCAGACACAAAGCCAUGUGUCCUGGCUGUGUUCUAAACCAUUCAAAGUCAUCUGUAUUUACAUUGCUUUUUACAGCGUUGAUUACAAACUGGUGCAAAAAGUCUGCCCUGAUUACAACUACCACAGUGAAACACCGUAUUUGUCAUCUGGGUGAUAUAAUCC